CAUUCUAUUUCGAGAUCAGGUCGGGAGCUUAUAUCAGACCGACAUUCUGCCUUGCGCUGGCCACCGCGCGAACCUGCAAUAGUGAAUAGUGACACAUUGUAUUGUCACAUUGUGGGUGUUCACUAAAUAUCCGCGAGAACAUUUCGCUACAUACAAAACACAGGCCGUCCGUCUGUCUAUAAUGUUGGGUCGGUAGUUUCGGGUACUCUCUCCUCCGAACGGCCGCUCUCCUGUUACCUCUUGACUUCGUGAUUCACCAUGUUUUCCAAACAGACACCCUGCUACAGGCUCCUUCUAGCAUUCUUGUUCUUUGGUUUUGUUGCAUCUGGUGAAACUUGGCACUAUGGACAUGAAGAUACUUGGCCGAAGAUGUGUAAGGAAGGCAAAAGACAGUCACCUAUUUCAAUUGACAGAAGGAAGUCCGCUAGGAAGAAUUUUUCACCCUUCAUAUUCAAGAAUUACAAUAAAAUUUAUUCUACAAUGUUGAAAAACAAUGGUCAUUCAGCUGAAGUGAGAUUGAAGACUGAUGAAGUUCUAACUGUUGAGGGUGGUGGAUUACAAGAAGUUUAUAUCCUGGACCACUUACACUUCCAUUGGCAAUCAGAACAUGUUAUAGAUGGCUACAGGUAUCCUCUAGAACUACAUUUGGUGCAUUACGGAAAAUCUUACGGAAAUCUCAGCAAUGCUGUGGGAAAUGAGAAAGGAGUGGCAGUUUUUUCCGUUCUUUUCGACCUUUCACCAGAUGAUGAUGUUGAGUUCACAGGGUUUAUUGCCUUGAUAGAUAAACUGAAAGAAACUCUAGACAAAGGAGAACGUUUGGAGGAUUUCCAUAUACACGAUUAUCUUCCUAGGGACACCGCAGGUUUCUAUAGAUACUUGGGAUCUUUAACGACACCAAAUUGCACUGAAGGGAUCGUAUGGACCAUUUUCACAAAUACCAUCCCCAUCUCUGAAUCACAAGUGAAAAUUUUUCAUUCAUUAAAAACUGAAGAACACAAGGAACUAACGAAAAACUACAGACCUUUACAAAAAUUGAAUGGAAGAAAAGUGUACCUGAAAGUCAGUCCAAUACAUAAAUCAUCAAGAGCUAGUUCUCUCUUGAAUGCAAUAAACCGUGAUAUGUUCUUAUUAAUUUCUAUAUUGACUGUUAGUUUACUAUAUUAAGUGUUUUUUUUUAACUAGUCAUAUCAACGAAAUAAAACGAUGUCAUGCCAUGAUAUACAUACACAGUUAAGUUACCUGAAUGCGUGAUAUACCAAUUUGUAAAUAUUUGUAAUAAUAUAGUUUCAAUAGCUCAUUCUUUGUGUAAAAUAAUAAAUUAUUUUGUAAGAUAA